AGGGGGGCGAAAGGAUAGGGCAAAGGACAAAAGUAGUCUAGGAUUUGAAUGUGAUUCGUUUGGUUUUUUCCUUCUUUCUCAUCUACUUAUAUAGAGAAGAACAUCAAGUGAGUAAUAAUUCAUACUCAUUGGCGUUCCUCAUUUUUCUUUCUCUCUCACUGUUUCUUGUUAGUAAUAACAAGAUACUUUAUUUGAUUACUCCACUUUGAUUAUUCAUAUAUAUAUAUAUAUAAAAUAAACCAACCCUUUUGGAGUUCUGGGUUCAAGAUUUUAACGAAUGAAUAUGUCAGCUUCUCAAUGUAGUAGCAGUGGGUGUGAGUCUGGUUGGACAUUGUACUUAGAUCAAUCCUCCCUCUCAAAAAAUCAGUAUCAGAAUUUUGGUGGGUUUGUUGAUGGUAAUGAGUAUGCAAGAGCUGAGAAUGAUGAUGAUGAUUAUGAAGAAGAGGAUUUAUCCAUGGUUUCAGAUGCAUCUUCUGGACCUCCACAUUAUUGUGAAGAUGAUGAAGAUCAGUAUUGCUAUGAUAGCAGCAAGAAGAACAAAAACAAACAGAAGUGCAAGGAAUAUAGGAGAAGUCAGCAGCAGCAAUAUUCAUAUCUUGAUGAUACUGCAAGUUCUCCUGUUUUGAGCAAGAAAGCAGCAGGUAAGAAUAAUGAAGCUUCAGUGGACCAUGUCCUGGAAUUUUCACAAGGUUUUUCGGCAACACAUUUCAAGGGGAAAUAUUCACUCAAGAAGCACUUUGGAUUCUUUCAAUCAGAAAAAUCAGCUUCAAAAGAACCAGGUGGGUUUCAAGGAAGAAAAUGGAAGUGACAAAUACUAGUGAUUGGCAUCUUUUGUCUCUGCCACUGCAGUUGCUGUGGAGAGAGAAAUGGAAGAAGGGAUGAAAAAGAGAAAAAAGAAAGAAAAGGCAAUAGAUCUCAAAGGGAUUUUGUUCCUUUCUAUUUAUUUUGUUUUCUUCUAAAUUUCUACUCUUUUUUAUUUGUUCCUGUCAAUGCAGUGGGAAACAACCUGAAAACAUAAAAAAAAUUAAAUUAAUUAAUUAAAUUCUGUCUUUUAA